GUGCGGCCCCGCAUUGCCGCUCCGCGUAAAGCAGGUUCAGCUUUCGUCUGUUGGCAAGCACAGGGAGCCGUGACGCGUACUUGCUUGCCAAUUAAACCCAGCGCAGCAGACGCUUUCCCGCGCUCAUUGGUACAUCACAUGGCCCCCCGGCCUUUCUCCACGUGAGCAGGACGCGCUUGACUGUCUCAUGUGGCUCGCCAGACUUGGCUGCACUUGCUGCCGGUUUUCCCUCUUGGGAAUCUUUGGCGCACGGCUGUUCACCCUGUUAACCCUGUUCGGCUAGACUUGCUAAUUUUUGUAGGUUAGGCAAAUGUAGCAAGAGAUCUGCAGGUUGCGCCGCUCUGGUGAAAUCCAAUCCAGCAAUCGAGUUGUUAUCCGCCACAAUCGACAGCAGCUUUAUCCAGUCAUUCAUUUUGCAAUUAUCCGACUGGCGAGCAGACAUCAACCCAACCCAGCUCGUUCUUGCAAAUAUGAACAGCUAUUUCGUCCCCGAGCCGAACUCCACCCGUCAACGGGAGGACCCGCAGGUCGCGGAGUUCGAGAAACGAGGCAACUGCAAGAACUACACGCUGAAGACGCUGGCCGACUGCGUUCGUCAAGAUCUGCCUCUGCGUCUGAGCGUGUCCUCAACCACCAAGAAAGACGACUACGUCGUGUACAAUUGCACCGUCUCGAGUGUGACCACCAAAACUGCGUGGGGUGUCUCCUAUCGCUAUUCGGAGUUCCUUGCCUUCCGCAACAAGGUGGAGGAGUUAUGGACGUGCAAAGAUAAGGACUGCUGUGGUUCGUGUCAAGCCAUUCAUGAUGUCAUGGCAGCUUUCUUCCCCAAGAAACGCCCCGCGAUCAUGUCGACUUGGUCCGGGGCUGUGAAUCACCGCAAAACCAAGCUGGAAAAUGUCCUGGUGCAUUUGCUCCGCUGCAUACUGCUCCCAGGAAGUGCGAUGAAGUGCUUCCAUGCACGUCAGAAGCUCCCCACCAACGUCUUUGAGUUCCUCGGCGUCAAGCAUGAUGCCGAUAAGCGCUCGCUUCUACAAGUCUUUGUGGACAACCACCAGCCCGGCAUAAAAAAGUCAGCAACCGUCACCGAUCUGUCCAUGCUGGAGCACCAGAGCACCAUGAAGAAGUCUUCAACCACCCCGAACCUGUCGUCACUGGCUCAGAACAUGAUUUCCAGUGACUCGGCCAAUAUGGAGCAAUGCAUGAUCUGUCUGGAUGACGUGGACUUGGACGCUUCCCACCAGGUUGGUGUGAACGGUAACUCCCCCAUCGUUCUGGAGUGCAAACAUGCAUUUCACCGGGAGUGCGUCUUCGAGUGGCUGCUGUUUCAAUACCAGUGCCCCGUGUGCCGAGCACAGGUGGGCCCUACUGCCGUGACCAACUACUGCCGUCCGAAGAACCAAGUGCAGUGGUGGCUUGGCGACUUCAAAGAAGAUCCUUUGAAUUCAGUCACUAAGUAAAUACCGACACUUAAUAGUAUGUACACCCUGAUGCCUAACCGAACAAUAACAAAAUGUACCUGCUCCGAGCUUGUCCUGAACUAUGUAUUUUUUUAAACUGAUGAUGGAAGAUGGGUUUAAAUUUAUGAAUUGGUAGUUUAAAAAAGCUAAUAAGGCAUUGCCCGAAGUCAAGUUCUAGACGAAGGAAAUGGAAGCAAAAGCAAACUUACCGGAGAAAAAGCAAAAAUCAAAAAGACUUUGCAAUUACAAGAUCGACGGAAUGCAGAGAUCGUCGGGAUAAACAAGAAAUACCUUUUCGAGAGU